AUGUUACCAAAAUUAUUGUAUUUCCCACCAAUUAAAGAGAUCGUUGUAUCAACAAUUUUUACAGAUGUAAAUAUUAUUGAGGAAACCAAAAGACAUAAAGGCAGUGAUGGGCCAGAAGCUGGCUACUCAGAAUGUCAUUGCGACAGGUUUGAUAUUAGACUUGAUAAUUUGAUAAAGGGUGUUAAUAAAUGUAACAUUUACCCAAGAUCCAUUCAUAUACACCAAAUAGGUGGAUUUCAAAACGAACCAGAUACUUUCCUUGAACUUUUAAAGAACGCUCUGUGUAUUGAAGGUAAGUUUUCUCAAACUUGGGGUCUGGAUCCAGAAAUCCUGUUAGAUUUGUUUGUCAAUUCUAAUGUCAAGUUUGAUCAUUUAGAAUUGUUUGAUUUCCCCAAUCCAGUUACAUUACCACAUAUCGCCGCAAGUAUCACGCUAUAUAAUACUGAGUUGAAUAAUUAUGCAAUUCCAGGUAUCAAGAAGUUGAUCUUCGACGUUGAAUCUGAUGAUGACAGAAAUCAAACGUAUACUUUUUCCUCAGAUUUAGAGGAAUUAUAUGUUACUACUGAUAACUCGAUUGAAGUGACUUUACCUCCAAAUUUGCGGAAACUACGGUUAUAUAAAACCCGGGGCCCAGUAGAUCUUGUAUCUGAAGAAUUGGUUAAUUUAGAGUAUUUACUGCUUAUGUUGCCGAAUAUUCAAUCAUUUAGCGAAACUGGAAUAAAUGCUCCAAAUUUAAAAAAGCUAAUUUUAGAGUGUGGCAAUUUGUCUAAUUUUGAUGGUUUAAAACAGUUCCAACAUUUAAAGGAUUUAGAAUUUAGACACCUUAGAUUCCCCAUUACUUUAUUUGAUGAUGGUUCCUUACCUGAGCUAGAAAGCUUUGCAUGCUGGGGAUGCUCUAUUUACAAUACAGGAGACGUCAACAACUCAUUAUCAAUUUUCCCUCCAAAUUUGAUGGUAUUGCAGCUAGAAAUUUGCAGUUUUGAGAAUACCGAAUUUAGCAAUUGGGUACUUCCUAAUAAAUUGGAGGCUUUACGUGUUUAUGAUCUGCCCUUUAAAAAUGGUUAUUUAGGUGAGAAUCUAAAGCAUGUCUUUGUUCGUGCUCCAACACUUACAUUUGCCAAUAGAUUCAGAAUCUUUCCUAGGGUCGAAAAAUUCAUAAUGCAGCCUGAGUAUCUAACUUUUGAAAGUCUGGAUUUUAUGUAUCAUUUACCAAAUAACCUCAUACAGUUGCACUUGAUUCCCUAUGAGCAGGGAAAGAUGAGCCCUCUCACCAAAAUGGUUAAAUGGCCACGGAUCCUAUGUGAUAUUGCCUUCGAGAACUUUAAUAUUGAUCACUCCACCUUGGAGCUAUUGAACUUGAAAGAAUCCAACCUUGAGAUAAUAAAUAUUUGUGGAGGCGAUGUCAAGAAGUUAAAUGCUGACUUAUUUCCUGUUAGCGUUAAAGAUCUAUCCUUGAGGAAAAUGGGAAUCCAGAAAUUGUCAGACUCAUUUGAAAAUUUGGAAAAUUUACGCAGGUUGUCUUUAGAGGGAAAUCAAUUGAGAAAAGUAGACCCAGUAAAAUUGCCGGUGUCAUCAUUGCAGAUGUUAAAUCUAAAUGAAUGUAACCUUCGUUUGAUAUCUCCAUUUUUAGUAUCAAUGCUAGAACAAAAGAAUAGAAAUCCCAAGUUAAAAAUAAUAGCUUGGAGGAAUACGAAUGUUAGUGUCACUGAUAUAAGAACAGCAUUGAAAUCGAUUAAGGGACUUUUCUUAGAUCUUAACGAUUUUGAUAAAACAUUGACGGAAAUAUCUAAACGUUCUUCGCGUUUGGUCUGUAAAGGUGGGUUCUUUGAUCCUCGUUUUAAAAAAACUGAAACGGAUGAUCUUUAUGAUGGAAGCGAAUCUAGUCUGGAUGAAGAAGAUGUGGGUGGUAAUGCUAAAAGAAGGAGAGAAAUGUAA